AUGUCUUAUUAUCGUAAUGGUAACUUUUUCCAGAGGGCUCUGGCAGACGCUCCUGUGGAGCCUCUAAGGGUAUAUGAGCGGGCACGCGAGGUCUGUGAAGGGCCACGCUUGGACGAGGUCGACCCGCAAAUUAGCUCCGCCUCACACUGGAAGCAUUGUCUACCGAUACAUCCUAACCACAACCGGUUGGAAUGCGCAGGUGCUACUCGUAGCACUCUCCUCGACCCAAGAGUAUUGAAGCCUGUGUGCGGGUCAGCAGUCCUUGACAUGCUCACCAUCGAUGUCUAUCGUGCCAUGGAGGAGUUCGGAUGCCAGCCUAUGCUGACCUUCGGCACCGCCCUGGGCGCUGUUCGGAACGGUACGCACGUCCCUUGGACUGAAGACUCAGAUAUCGCCUAUUUGUUGCCAUCUGGCGCAUCGCCAUGCGUACAAAGGAAUGAGUUUGCAGAACGUCUCCGCGGCCUCGGCUAUUUCCUAUUCAAGCACGACAUCUGGCGGGUUUGCAUCGCUUCUCAUCAUCCACUGGCCGGGCGAUUGUAUAACAUCGAUACGAGCAUCAGGUUCAAUAAGACUCGGGUAUGUGGCGCGUACGGAUGUAUUUAUGUUGACUUGUAUGGAUUAUCUGAUAACGGAAAGGGCGGCUACUCGCAUGAAUGCCAUCCUAUUGGAAGAAACUUCCGUAUACCGUCCAAGAAGGUUCUCCCAGCAAGCACUAUCAGUCUCAAUGGCUUAUCAUUCUCAACCUAUCAUGAUAUUGAUUGGUUCUUGUGGGCCACUUACGGGAUGGACUAUCGCAAGCCAAAGUCGCGGAAGCAGUGGAAAGACGGUAUGGCUGUAGGACGAUAA